GUGAGUGACACACGUCUGUGAGAGAAUGUUUGUCACAAAUAUUGGUAUAUCAAACCAAGUUAUCCUACGUUAACGUUCUGAUAAAACAGGUGAUGUAAAUAAAAUGUUAAAGGGAGAACUAUCGGGUAACGGGCAUAUUCAUGUUUUUCUCGCCAGUUUUUUAUUUUUUAGAAUCUGUGAAAGAAACAGAAUGACAUGUUUCUACUUAAUCCUUUCUUUUUCUGAAUCCAUUAAUAUUAACUUGCGCGUCUUUUGUUAUAUAUGUGAUGAAGUACGUAAAACACACUUCGACUAUUAUUGUCUUAUUAACGUUUCAUUUCAGAUUAUAUUUGGUUUUGAUCACAUCUAAGCAGGAUCAGUUGAAACAAGCACAACCCUUAAAACCAUUUAUUCCAUCAGAAACUGGAAAUAAAUCUCAUUUGGCAUUUACACUAUGCACAAAACGAAACGAUAAUACCUAUAUUCCACAUCUCGAAACAACAGUUAUUUCAGACACAAUGACCAAAGAAUCGCCAUUACGGCCAACACAUUUUACCGGUAUGAAUGACAUUAUAUUGGGUACAGUUGGCAGAAUUCAUCGGACAACCAACGAAGAUCUAAUUCCGUGUGAAUUUUUGUGCAAGAUUAGCGAUUUAGAUGCACAUGAAAUAACGUGUCGGCAGAAUUUAAUGCCUGCCGUCCAAGUUCAUUCAGAUGCAGAUGAAACUUUUCCGACUCAAGUGAACAAUUUUUUCCCGGCAUCACACUCAUCAUCAGCCGACAUAACAGCAGCAAUGGUAGGCGCUAUUAACACUCUUUGA